CAGCAUCUGCAUCCCCGCUUCUGCACUGUACAUCGCAACUGCUCAAACUACACGCAUACCCGCUCAGUUCAGCUCCGACGUAACUGCAGAUAUGUGCGGCACCGACUGUUUCCUGAUGCUCCUCAGCGUCCUCUUCCCACCCAUCGGAGUUUGGGUAAAGCGCGGUAUCUGCUCCGCCGACUCUCUCAUCAACAUCGCGCUCUGCUGUCUCGCCUUCCUUCCCGGUCUGCUACACGCCUGGUACAUCAUCCUGCAAAACCCCGACCCAUACGACAGUUACGACGGCUACGGCCCUGUGCCCGACCAAGAGGGCGGCCGCCAGGGCACCACGUACUAUGUUGUGAGCCACACCGGGCCCGCGAGACAGCAGGGUGGCAUGAACUACGGAACAGUGCCGCAGCAGCAGCAGACGGGUGUCACGAAUCAGAACGCCCCAAAGAAGGCUACAAAGGGUGGAAAGGCGGCGAACGGUGCGAGCAGGCCUGGAGAUGCGCCACAGCACUUGGGUGGUGAGGGCAGCAGCAGGGAGCCAGAGGGCCCUCCUUCUUACGCGGAUGUGAUCAAGGGCGACCACAAGGUGCAGAGUCCAUAGGUGCGCGCGCUCGAUAGAAUGGGCAUGACGGGUUUUUGCGAUGGUCAGAUGUUGUGAGAUCAUGGCUGCGUACAUGGGGCGUUCAGAGCUGGGAAACGAUAGCGAGGGCGUCUUGCUCUUAUAGUCGUUGCAUUGUAUGUAUUGUUGGAGCAUACUCAGAUCGUAUCUAUCCACCGUCGAAGUCCCGCGUACUAGGUACUUUGUCACAACCACCGUGCAUUUUCUGAUACUGGAGCGAGGAGAUUGUCGAGCGAGCCA